UUGGCCAUUUUCUGAUUAUAUUGUAAUGAGAGAAGUCAAGCCGAGAGAAAGUACAAAUUCCAGGAAUAGCGAAAAUAUCUUGAAAGUAGCAAGUGGAAUAGUGUGACUCUUGAUACUAGUUUGCAUGUAAGGCCGGGGAACUUAGCUGUUGCUCAGUCUACAUUGCAGCAGAAACCGACACCCUACGGAGGUCCUCACAGACAUACAUCUGUAAGACGGCGUUGUUUGUUCGAGAGAGCCAAGAUAAUAUUUUUUUUCAAGCCUGAUAUCGCCAAAUAUAGGAGAGUUAGACGUUGAUAUCACAAAGGAAAUGAGCGUCAUGAAUGAAGACAUGGCUCUUUUUCGCAGAUUCCUGGUAAUUGGUUCUGAAAGUCUGUAUCGCGUUGGUUCAAUGGACAAGACAUGUCAAGAGACUGUGCCUGCCUGCCUGGAGCGCCUGCUGCAGUCCGGGCAUGGCGAGGAGGUUGUCAGGGAAAUUACCUCUCGUCAAACUGUUCCAAACUUGAGAAACACUCCUAGUCUUCUGGCACUUGCAGUGUGUGCAAGAUCUGUUUGUGCACAUACUAAAAAAGCAGCUUUUAAUGCAGUAAACCAGGUUUGUGAAACACCAGUACAACUGUUCACCUUUAUACAAUAUGCCAAAAAUACGUCAGAAACCAGGAAAGGCUGGGGCAGAGCCCUGAGGAGAACUGUCAGUGAUUGGUACAAUAAAAAAGAUGCUAAGACAUUAGCAGACCUUACAACCAGGUUUAAAUCAUCUUCUGGAUGGACACAUCUUGAUGUAUUACGACUAAGUCACACAAAACCAGAAAAUGCUGAUGUUGGAAUUGUGUUGAAGUACCUGCUGAGGGGCCUGUCUGCAGCCAAAGAAGUUGGCAAUGAUGACAUGGCUGAUCUGCUGAAGUUCCUUGAGGCUGUAGACACUGUAAAACACUCCUGUGAUGGACACCAGGUGGCCUCGCUCAUCAGACAGCACCGGCUCUCAAAGGAGCAAAUACCAACAAAACUACUCAACUCAUCAGAGGUGUGGAUGGCACUGAUAGAAAAUAUGACACUUACCCAAGUGUUGAUGAACAUCAGUAAAAUUGCCAGCCUCAACUUGCUUGAUGGAUCUUGUCCACCCUUACAAAUCAUUCUCAACAAGUUAGAAGAUGAACAAACCCUCAUCACCAACAGGGUAUCACCAAUGAUGGUGCUCAUUGCUCUUCGUACGUAUGAGCAAGGGAAAGGCAAAGGCAAGUGGAUUAGGAAUGAAGCAGUUGUUUCAGCCUUGAACAAAGCAUUCAACAGAGCAACAUCUGUGAAUGUUGGUUGGAGCGGAAAGCGUAUCCUAGUUGCUGUGAAGAUCAGCACUAACCUACAGCGGAGUUCUGUGCGGGGAACGCUGGUGCUAUCCCCAGUAAUUGCAGUUGCAGGCCUCAUACAAAUCCUACUACAGGCCAAGGCCGAGUGCCAGCUGGUGUACUUUCUGUCAGAUGUUAAGCAACUCACAGUAUCACCACAAAUGUCCCUGGCUGAUAUAUGCAAGGAAGUCGCUAAGGCAUCAGUUCCUCUGCCUCCACAGCUGUGCCAGUGUGAUAUGGCAGCACCAAUUCGGUGGGCUGAGGAGAACAAGCAACAGUAUGAUACAAUUGUCAUUCUGACUGACAGCAAGGAAUCAACAGGAGAGAUGACUACAGCACAAGCUAUAAACCAGUAUCGACAAUCUCUCAAUUUACAAACCAAAUUAGCAAUUUGUGGACUGACAGCCAGUCGACUGAAUCAAGCUGACCAGACUGAUCUUGGUGCACUGGACAUCGCAGGAUUCGAUGCAUCAGUACCAGAAGUUCUCCAUGGUUUUGCUGCAGGACUUUUCUAAGGAUGUAUUGCCAUGCUUGUGCUUCAUCAUGGCAAGGACAGUGAUCUAGUGAUGUGCAUGAGUAACAGUGUGCCUUGCUAACAAGAGAUUCUUGCAGAUGA